AUGGAGAACGGACUCGUUGAUUAUUCCCCCCACCAUCCUGCGGAGGUCAAGAAACUUGACUCUGCUUCCAACGUUGUGCUCAUUGAUAACUACGACUCUUUCACUUGGAAUGUAUACCAAUACUUGGCUCUGGAGGGCGCUACAGUCACAGUCGUUCGCAAUGAUCAGAUCACCUUGGAGGAAUUGAUUGCAAAGAAACCCACCCAGCUCGUUGUAAGUCCUGGUCCGGGCCACCCUGAAACCGACUCAGGUGUUAGCAGAGAUGCCAUCAAAUACUUCAGUGGGAAGAUACCAGUCUUUGGUGUUUGUAUGGGGCAUCAAUGCAUCAUUUCCGUUUUCGGCGGCAAGGUCGAUGUUACUGGCGAGAUCUUGCACGGUAAAACUUCGGUGUUGACUCACGACUCGAAGGGAGUGUAUACUGGGCUUCCUACUUCACUUAAUAUCACCAGGUAUCACUCGCUUGCCGGGACCCACCCUACUCUUCCAGAAUCACUGGAGGUGUCUUCUUGGGCGAACAUUGACGUUGGUCGAAACCCCAUUAUCAUGGGAUGCAGACAUAAGGAAUAUGCGACUGAAGGUGUACAAUUUCACCCGGAAAGUAUCUUGACAGAGCAUGGAAGAUCGAUGUUUCGAAACUUCUUGAAGUUGCGUGCUGGUACCUGGAAAGAGAAUGAAGCUUUUCUUCCUGCAGUUUCCUCUGGUACCAAGCCGGACAAGAAGACAUCCAUCCUGGAGAAAAUUUAUGCGCACCGAAAAGCGGCCGUUGCUGCUCAGAAAUUGAUUCCGUCGCAAACCCCCGAAGACUUCCAAGCUUCUUACGACCUCGACAUCGCACCUCCACAAAUAUCGUUCCCUUCUAGGCUGAGAAAAUCGCCGUAUAACUUAGCGCUUAUGGCUGAAAUAAAGAGAGCUUCGCCUUCGAAAGGUAUCAUCGCUGCUUCGGUCUGUGCACCGGCACAGGCUAGAAAGUACGCUGUGGCUGGUGCAAGCGUCAUUUCAGUUUUGACAGAGCCGGAAUGGUUCAAAGGUAGUCUCGAUGAUUUGCGUGCCGUACGGCAAAGUCUCGAAGGACUUCCCAACCGUCCGGCAGUUCUCAGAAAGGAGUUUGUCUUUGACGAGUAUCAAAUUCUUGAAGCGCGACUUGCCGGUGCUGAUACAGUACUGCUCAUUGUCAAGAUGCUCAGCGUCGAGUUAUUGACUAGGCUGUACAAAUAUUCGCAAAGUCUGGGAAUGGAGCCAUUAGUCGAAGUCAACACCCCAGAAGAGAUGAAGAUCGCCGUUGAACUUGGCUCUCAAGUUAUUGGAGUGAACAAUCGUGAUCUCACCAGCUUCGAAGUCGACUUGGGCACUACUAGCCGGUUAAUGGAUUUGGUUCCAGAUACCACCAUUGUUUGUGAUUUGAGUGGUAUUUCAGGMCCUGCCGAUGUAGAGGCAUAUAAGAAGGAUGGUGUGAAGGCGAUUUUGGUGGGAGAGGCACUGAUGAGGGCGAAAAACACAGAGAAUUUUGUUUCGGAAUUGCUCGGCGGAAACACAGCCUCAAAAUCAUCAAAAAACUUACCACCUCUGGUCAAAAUUUGUGGUACAAGGACUCCCGAAGCAGCACGUGCCGCUAUCGAGGCCGGUGCUGAUUUGAUAGGUAUCAUUCAGGUUGAAGGUCGCAAGAGGACAGUACCCGAUGGGGUUGCUCUGCAAAUAUCGAAGGUUGUCAAGACGACACUUCGCCCAGUCAGCAAUCAGACGGUUGAUACUGAUGCUUCGAUAUAUUUUGAACAAUCGGCGAAAUUGCUCCGUCACCCUACUCGUGCGCUUCUCGUCGGCGUUUUUGCCGGUCAACCUUUGUCGUACAUUCUGGAGCAACAGCGCAAAUUAGAACUGGAUGUCGUUCAGCUACACGGAGAUGAGCCUGUCGAGUGGGCUAGCUUGAUACCUGUCCCUGUGAUUCGAAAAUUUAGUCCAGGUGGGCCUAGUCUUGCGCUUCAAGCUUACCAUGCACUUCCUUUAUUGGAUUCUGGUGCUGGCGGCUCAGGAGAAUUGCUGGAUUUGUCAUCUGUGAAGAAAGACCUUGAAAGUAACGAUGGGCUUCGUAUUAUUCUCGCUGGUGGCCUCAACCCCGAGAAUGUAGCAGACGUGAUUAAAGAUCUAGGCAAGUCGGCCUCGAAGGUAGUUGGUGUUGAUGUUAGUAGCGGUGUUGAGACAAAUGGCGCUCAAGACCUCGAUAAGAUUCGGUCUUUUGUCGCAGCUGCAAAGGGUCUCUAA